CGCAGUGUUGAUACGUGUAUGAGCUGGCUGCGAGGCAGGAUCAGGGAGCCGGUGAUCAAACGUGAGAGAGUCACAGCUGUGUAGAGAGAGAAAGGGAGACGCAGUGAGAGGAAUCCACUUCACCUGACGCCCGGCGGGCCACAGCACAAGCGCUCCUACUAACGAGGGAUAAACGGUUAACCCGGCGUGACAGAGGUGAGAGAGGGAAAGGGAGAGAGAGGGGGCGGGGGGAAGAGGACGGAGGACGCAGAGUAGGGACGACGGAGGGGAAAUGAGCAGUGGGCUGUUGCAGAAUCGGCUGCCAGCUCCUCAAGCUGCAAGAUCUGGAGCUCAUUAAAGGAUGAAGGGGCAGUGCGUGUCCAGAUCGUAGGGGGGCCCCCGCUGAUCCUGAACCUGAGCCCCACCCCCCGCUUUGUCUCCGAGGCCUUCAUCAGCAGCACACCUCUCUCCACUGAGCCUCCCCAGUCCCUCCACCACCCCUCGCCGCGGCGGGGGCCAUGGACGGACUGCGCCUGCCGCCACUCAUUGAGGAGGUGGCCAACCCCACAGAUGACAACUACGAUCUGAAAUUGGACAAAGCUGGCAUGGAGGACGAGCUGACCGCCAAGGAGAAGGAGGUGCUGGAGGAGAAUGAGGAGAAGGAGGAGGGGGAGGUCAGGGCGGGCGACAUGGACAGAGAGCGAGGGGAAGAGGAGGAGGAGGAAAAGGAGGUGAAGGAUGAGAAAAUGGACGACGGGGGCCAGCAGAAAGAGGAACCGAUCUCGGAGGAGCAGGAGCUGGAGGAGCUGAGGUCCCAGGUCCUGCAGCUGCUCCUGGAGCUGGAGGAGACCAGGGAGGCAUCCCAAAAACACGAGGAGAGCUUCCACGAGCUGCAAGGUCUGCUGGAUGACGAGCGCCUGGCCAGCGCCCACCAGGCAGAGACCUUCACACGGCAGAUCCAGAAUCUGCAAGCCCAGCUGCGCUCGGUGCAGGAGGAGAUGGACAGCCUGGAGGAGGAGAAGGAGAGCGAGCUGGCGGAGGCGCAUGAGGAGCUGCGGGUGGCACAGGAGGAGGUGCUGGUGCUGCAGCAGGCGGCCGAGGAGGCGGCGGCUGAGCGGGAGAAUGACAUUGCCAGCCUGCAGGAGGAGCUGUGCCGCCUACGGGCGGAGCUGCAGCGCCUGCAUGCCACGGCUGACGAGUAUGAGCUGGAGGUCACCACGCUGCGGGCCGAGAUCGCCAUGAAGAACCAGCGCCGGGAGGAGGAGAGGAGAGAGGGUGAUGUGGGCCUGCUGAGGGAGGAGUGCCGCACGCUGAAGGACCAGUGCCAGAGCCUAGAGGACGACAACAGGCAGCUGUCUGAGAAGCUACAGGUGUUGCAGCUACAGAGGAAAGGCUCCAACGACGUGUACCUGGCCUUGAAGGAGGAGGACGAGGCAGUGGAGGGGGAGCCGCGUGCGACCAGGUGGAAGGACGCGGAGGGCGGGGCCGUCGACGAACUGGCCGAGGAGCAUGUGGGUGGCGGCUACAUGAGUGUGGCUCAGACCAGGGCCAACUGCCGGCUGGUGGAUGCCUCCAUCCAGAAGAACAUCUCCUUCGAGGGAAAGCCUGUCACCCCCACCAGCUGGCACGGGGGCUUUGGCGAAAUUUUCUCCCUCCGAGACCAACUGAAGCAGGCUGAAGAGAGGGCCUUGCAGGCACAGAGGGAGUGUGAGGGGCUGAAGGCUGAGCUUCAAGAGCUGCAGGGCUUGUAUGACUGCAGCAGGCGUGAGAGGGCAGAGCUGGAGAGUGAGCUGCAGCGCUACCAAGAGGAGCUGGAGUGCCUGACAGGGAGGAAGGCACAGGGGAGCGAGAGGGACUGGAAUCUGGCGCUGGUGGUUGCCGUGGCAGCAGCCGUGGUGCUGAUCGUGCCCAGCUUGUCCAGAGCUCUGUCCUGAGGAGCUCUGCAUUAUGGACCCAUGGUGAUAACCUGCUCCUAACCCCACCACCUUCUCCCCGCUCCUCUCACUGAAGCUCUGCCCACCACACCUCUGGCCCCAGAAUCCUCCAUGGAGGAUGCCUGCAAUGGACACAUAAAUGACACCCAAUUUUCAUCAGGAAACCUACUUGCCAGGACACACAGAAAUUACCCCAGGCUUAUGAUGUGGAGAGGGGAGAAACCGUGAAGCACUCUGAUUGGGACCACAAAAUAACCCAAUUGUUAUUUUGUCAGUCAGCGCACCCCCUGACUUUGUAUGACUGAAGAGGGAGGCUGUUUGUGGUUGUCACGGGACAGAACAGCGGAUGCCUCCAGGUGACCAGAACCUAGGCGUUCCAGUGCAUUGGUCUACACAACUUCAGAUGGUUCUUGCUUCCUCUCACACUCUUUUCAAACACACACAGUCAGCAGCAGUCUGAGGAGCACACUGCAAAUGCGUCUGAUUUCCCAUGUUUCUUCUCUUGAUUUUUUGUGAUGCACCAUUCAACAACCUUAUUUAUUCAUUUACUUAUUGAUUUAUUUUGCAUGAUGUAGAUCGCUGACUGCUGACAGUAUACCUCACGUUUUAUUCAGAUGCCCCUGGACGGGUGAUUGCUUUAUUUGUUCUUAAUUUCUGUGAGUUAACUUCAGAGGGAGUUAAAAACAUCACUCUCUUUUACUGCAUGCUCUGUACAAUGUCAGUUAAAAAUGGUUGGUGUUCAAGUAUAACUCUGCUGAGUCCACUUUCAGGUGUGCGGGAGAGGCUAGGUUUCUUAGUACAUCCAGGGGUGAGGGUGGGGGGACAGGAAUGUGCUGUGAUAUAAAGUAUCCAGUGUGACCCCAGUGUGCUUGCAGACACACACACACACACACACACACACACACACGCUCACACUCCGUCUCUUUCUGGGAUAUCCAUACUGUUGCUGCACCCUGGCUCCUUGUCUCUCCACACUCACUCCCUCUCCAGUUCACAAGGGGCACUAAGGUGUUCACCGGCUCGACGCUCCUGCUUCAACUCCACCUCCACACCAGCCAGGGGCGGGGCUGACAUUGUUGACGGGACCUGUCUGUCACCCUGUCCAUCUCAGAACAGGCAUUGGUUGACAUCAAAGUGGCCAGCAUCUCAAAGCAGCAAGGCAUCAUAUAACUGCUCCCCCCAAACACACACACACACAGUCCUCCCCAGCUACAGGAAGAAUGAGAGAGUUUUUACUUUAGUGUCCCCAUCCAACAUAUGAACAUAUGGAUGGAUACCAGAACAGCAUACAUGUAGGGCAAGCAGGGGCCCUCUUUGAAGAAUGACUGGACUAAAUUCCUAUUCCUCUUUCAAUAUUCGUAUUAUUGUCGCUGCAGUUGCCCUAGUUCUAGAAAGACGUUGUAGAUUUCUAUUAUUUCACUGCUGUUUCUAGAGCACAUAGCCCCACAGACAGACGGGUUCACAUUAAACAGCCAGGCAAGAAAAGUGGCUGGCUAUUUGUUAAUGUCAAAAUGGGCAAGUAAUGAAACUACCACUUACAUCUGAUCUUACCUUACAUUGAAUGUGAAAGUUGUUUGUUGGUUUUUUCAUUUCUGAUAUGGUUUUGCUUAGGAAAUGCAGAGCCGAUAGAAUCAUGUGUACUGCAAACAAUAUAACUGCAUGGUGUUGGAGAUAAAAGUACUCCUCAGAAUGUUGAAUCCUUCUCUGUAAUUAGAUAAUUGAAGUAAAUCUGUCAUCUGUUAGGGGAACACACACACAUGUACACUAUCCUACCAAAAGUCAUGGCACAAGGAAUUAAUAGCGUGUCCAGCUUCGGCCUUCAUGAAUGCUUUAAAUGCAUUGCAAACAACUGUCUACUCAUUUCUGGUAGAACGGUGUUGCGAUUGUGCUCCACUCCUCCUUUAAAGCAUUAAAAGUUAAAUCAGUGUUCAAAAGUUCCACUAUUGAAUGGGGCCAUCUUUCUCUAAUUAUGUAUUCCAGUUCAUCCCAGAGAUGUUCUAAUGGGUUGAGGUCAGGGCUCUGUGCUGGCCACUGAAAUAUUCCCAUGUUAUUCUCCUCAAGCCAGUAGUAGCUGGAUCACGCCUGAGUCACGCUUACAGUCGCACCCAUUUUCUUGCAUUUAGAGGGGGUGUCCAAUGACCUUUGGUAUAGGACUGUGUAUAUGUUACUUGUACAUUCACAGGACAAAUUAUUCAUAUGCAUUAACACUAUUACAAUCACCACAUACUUCUGUAUAAAUGCAUCUGUUGUGCUGUUAGUGAAGCUGUGGUUGUGGCUUCUUUCAGUUUUCAGUUUUCUUCUGAUUUGCGAGCAGUCACUGAGCACACAGACAAUGAAGUGCUGUUUUGACGAACGGGCAACCAUUUGAAUAAUACUUGGCCAAAACCAGAAGGACAUUAAACAACAUUAACUGAAUGUAUCUUUACCUAUGAUCAGCUUUAUCAGCAUGCAUACUGUGGACUGUAGUGUAGCAUAGUCAUAAAUGAACUCUCCUUGGAGUUAUGGGGAUUACAGGAUCAAAUCCAAGGUAUAGCCCCCGCUGUUGAGCACAGUACCUGAAUUGAAGUAGUAAAUAUCUGGUAAUGUAAAUCAACAGUGCUUGAAAUGUGAACUUUUUUGAGCUAGGGUGUUUCCUCAGUAAUCGGCAUUCCAAGAAACAUAUUUAGUUGUGUUUUGCAUGCUACAAGCAGUGUAUCAGAAACAAAAGAUUGCAUAUAACAAACGCAAUAAUUCUGCCUGUCUUAGAGCAGAAAGAUGAAAGUGUAUUUUUACACGCAUUUACCCCUAAACCCCAAGUUUAAUAAUGUUGUGCCUCUGGGGAUAAGGCUACAGAAUUUCUCUUUACUGGAUUGAUAAAGGAAGAUAUUUUUGUAAAUACACAUAUUUCAUGUAAAAAGAAGUCAUGAUAUUAUUGACACAAAGCUAAGAUUGCAGAGAUGGUGGUCAUCUGAUGACCAAAUAGAUCAAUAUUAUGCUUCAUGAACGAAAGCUGGAAUUAUAUUACGUAUGCAGGAAUAAAGUGGUUGCAAUUUAUCUUAUUAGAUGAAUGCGCUUGCAUAUUUUUUUGCCAAAACUUUUUGGGAUAGUUUUCUGUUGUAUUCUCCUAUAUUCUCUAUCAUAUUUGUACCGUAAACGUGCUUUAAUCUUGGUGUAACUAACGCAUAACCAUUCGCCAGAGAUUACGUUCUCUCAGACAGCAACCAGCCCGUUAUUACAACGCAACGGGACGAUUUGUGCCCGUUUUACGCAAAUAUGCGAUGGGGUUAUUUCCUACAGUGUGUUUUAAAUGAGCAGAAUUUGAAAACUAAUCGCCGUAACUUUUCGUUUCGGGAAUAUGAAUGAAACCCUUUCCAUGCCGCAGGUGAACGCGUGUGGAAAUGAGGUAAGUCGCGUGUGGGUCAGACUUUGGGGGCGACCUUUCGCAUUUUUGUGCUAAGAUACAUUCUGUUCAAUUCAACAGAAUGGCACCUCGCUUUGUUUCUCAUAUUUUACCGAACAAAUGAAAUGUUUGUAGCCCGAGACGUUUUCCCCUCCAAGUGGAAUGCGGUGCCUGCCCUGUGUCCCUCUCCCCCACCCCGCGGCAAUCUCAUUCAGCCAAAGGGAACGUCAGCAAAGAUAACGGGGACUUUCCUCAAUAUAUCAAACAGGUGAAUCGCAACUUCAAAUGCUUGCAUUCGGUGUCACCAUCCUCCCCUUUGUUCUGGCUGUUCUGCAGUAGCUUGGAGCACGGGAGCUGGUCUAGAGGGAGGUCAGAGUUUGUGCAAAAGGACCCCGAUUUUUCAUGGGCCCCGAAUGGCAAGCCUGAGGUCCUGUCCAAGUGUUGAGAUAUUGGGAGAAGUCGUUUUAUUUUAGGGCAUGCACUGUUAGUUGCGAGUGUAGCGAAAAUGCAGAGCUCCUUACAUUACCUCUACAUGUGUAAUAUGUACCUUUUACAUUCCUCCUCUGUCUCCUUUCUCCUUAAUGUACCAUGCUGUGUGACAGAGCGUGGGAAUUUCUGUACAGCCAGUCCCUGCAGUUAAUAGACAUGGACGAAUGUUGAGUUUAAAUAUUCCAUUGGGUUUGCUGUAGUCAGUGUGUUGCAUAUACACUGAGGGGGUAUCACAUACUGUACAGCUGUGGAAUAUGAUAUUUGCUAUGUAUGGACAUCCAUCAUAUUGGAAAUGCCUUUAGUCAAUGUGCAACAUGUAAAUAAUGCUUCAUUAGGUGUACAGAAUUAGUGAUGUCUU